AUGGCUUCGCGCAUGAAUAUUCUUCACCUGCUUUUGCUAGGUAAGAGCCUGAGCUCAGAUAGGUUGCUGCGAUCGAGCACGCUACAUCUCUCGGCGUGUGCCAAGUGCCAAGCCUGGGGCGUCCUACUGGGUGAAAAACAGCGACACGUGUCUGCAGUGGCGACAACUUCUCCUAGCCCCGCUGUGCAAAAUGCACAGCUAAAUGCCACCACGUCUAGCAGUGAUCCGCGUUUAAUCGUGCUUCACGUUCCCGUUGACGAUGCGUCACGUCCACUUCGCGCGUUACUAGACUCAAUGGCAUGGAACCAUUUUAGCCGUGCCGAGAGUUUACCCUUUCUCACGUCGCAAUUGCGUGUACUCAGUGUUCAGGGAAGAUAA